CGCGCUUGCCGUGCCCGCGCCCGCGCGCGUCCCCUCUCCAGGCGCGUCCCCUCUCCAGCCUGCGGCCUGCGGCCUGCGCCGGGCCAGGCCUCGGGCUCGCUUUCACCCCCUCGCCCGGAGGAGGCGACUGCACACCGGCUCACCUUCCCCGGUUCCCUUGCCUUGCCCGCAACCAUGGCGCUGAUGCCUCGUAAGAAGAGGUGUAAAGAUGUAGCGGUGACUUCUGUAUACGACGGCUCUUUGGAUGGAAACAGCACAGUUGGCAAGAAGGUCAAGUUUGGUGACGUUGGUGUAUUUCUGGUCGAGAGGAGGAUGGGGUCAAGCAGGAGAAGGUUCCUGACGGAGCUCGCUUGGAAAAAGGGGUUUCGCGUGGAAGAGCAGAUGAGCGACUUGGUUACUCAUGUUGUGGCAGAGAAUAACACUGGCAACGAGGUUUUGGAAUUGCUGGAAAAACAGAAUGGAAUUUGCAGAGCUGGGUUUGAUGCAGUCCUGGUGGAUAUUGCAUGGUUUACUGAGAGUAUGGGGGCGGAACGACCCCUGGAAGUGGAAAAUCGCCAUCGACUUCAGGUAUCGACAGAAGCUAUUGCAACCAGUGAGGCACCUAUUUCAUCAUAUGCCUGUCAAAGAAGGACGACGCUAAGAAAUAAAAACAUGUUAUUUACGGAAGCAUUGAAGGUUCUGGCUGAAAGUGCAGAGUUAAGUGAGAGUGAAGGGCGAUACUUGGCAUUCUCAAGAGCAUCUUCAAUUCUAAAGUCUUUGCCGUACACUGUGACCAAAAUGGAAGACCUUCAAGGGAUUCCCAAUCUCGGCGUCCAUUCCAGAAAGGUGAUUAAGGAAAUCCUUGAAGAUGGAACUUGUAGUGAAGUUGGAAAUAUACUCCAGAAUGAGAGAUAUCAUACUCUAAAGCGAUUCGCCAGUGUUUUCGGCGUUGGUGUGAAGACAGCUGAUAAGUGGUUCAGAGAGGGGCUGCGGACUGUGGAUGAACUGAGAGCAUCCAACGGAAAACUUACAAAGCAACAGGAAGCAGGUCUGUUGUAUCAUAAUGACCUCUGUGUACCAGUUACAAGGGCAGAGGCAGAUUGGAUCAAGCACAUUGUGGAAAGAGCUGUACGCAGAUUUCUGCCUGAUGCAAUUAUAACGUUAACAGGCGGCUUCCGAAGGGGGAAGGAGUGUGGUCACGACGUUGAUCUUCUCAUAACCCACCCAGACGAAGGCAAAGAGGAGGGUAUUAUAUACCAAGUGGUUAAUUGGAUGACCACCAAGGGUCUGAUAUUGUACGAUGACAUCAUGGGCAACACUUCUAAAGGGAAGAGCAAGGAGCCUGAGAUUUUUGAUCACUUUGAAAAAUGCUUCUCUAUCUUCAAACUGGAGAAGGAGUUGGUAAAUAAUUUGGGAGCUGAGACGCUGAGCCUUUGCGACCCCUUGGCUGGGAACCAGACUCGGGGAGGUGGUCUUACUGCUGCGACUGAGACCUCUCACCAGGUUACCGUUGUCGCGACAGGAGACAAAGCCUGGAAGGCCGUGAGAGUGGACCUGGUCGUUGCCCCCUUCAGCCAAUACGCUUAUGCGUUGUUAGGAUGGACGGGUUCACGGCUCUUCGAACGAGACCUGCGCAGAUAUGCCAAGCACGUAAAGAACAUGAGUCUCAGCAGCCAUUCUUUGUUUGACAAUGAGCAGAAUAUAUAUUUGCCAGCUACCACAGAAGAAGAAAUCUUUGCACAUUUUGGAUUGGAGUACAUUCCACCACAGGAGAGGAAUGCUUGAUCAGCUGAGUUCACACUGUAGAAACACGCAGAGCACCUGAAUGAAAGGCCUUGGACAAAGAUAUUUAUUGCACUGUUAUCAUCACUUUAAACUGGGUAAAAGCUGGACAUUC